AUGAACCCUUUCUGGGCCAAGUUUCCUGUCUUCCCGCCGCAACAUGAGAACGGCAACUGGCAUGAGAAGGUUCGGACGAUGUCUGAGUGGAAGGCCGAUCCGCUAUGGAAGCAUGGUUACAAGGAGGAGGCAUCCGCCCACGUGAAGACCUGGACGAACGAGCUCCGAAAGUUGGGCUUGAACGCUACUCUACUCAUGGAGAUGCCUUGCCCCUGGCGCGACUUCUUCGGUCUGGCAGCGAACGCGAAGAAGCUACGUCGAACGCAUACACGCAGUCUACCUGCAGAGUCUCGAAUGCCACAACCUCGGUAG